GCACGUCAUUCUCUGUGAGGUGUCACUCCUUGCUGUGAUGUCACAGUUGUUGCUUUCACCCCUGUGGCAGCGGUGGGAGCGGUGGCUCAGUCCGCUUGUGGGACGCGCAGGAAGUGAACCCAGAGAGAGCGUUGUGUCUAUCUGGAAACAUCCUGCUGUGAUGGAGCGGCUGAGAGCCCUUCGAGGUCUCUUUGCCUGUGUGGGCUGCGUGCCCAGACGUACACGUCGCAGGGAGAGCGGCAGGGUGGAAAGCCCUGUCCCCGUCUGUGCCGUGAAUUUACUGCUGCAGCGCCUGCAAGACCAGGAGGGUGACCGAGCGCAGGCGUACUGCGAGCUGGAGCACGUCCUGAGGGAAGAUGACAGCUGCCCGCCAUGUGGAGUGGUGAACCGGCUGCUGGCAGAGGUGUCCCAGGACCUGACAGCAGCCCAGGGCGUGAUGGACAGCGUGAGGACGGCUGCCAGCAAUGUCCUGGUGGCUCUGGCCCGGACACACUUCAGCUUGGUGAUGGCCGAGCUCCAGGGCCACCUGAAGGCCACACGGGAGAUGUCCAAGGAAUUUGUGCUCAUCACCCUGAGCAAACUCUUCAGCAUCUAUGCUCCACAGUGCAUCUCCUUUGUGUGGCUGACACUGGCUGGCCUGCGCAGUGUGGUGGGCCAGGUGAGGAGCGGCCGGACCCUGCGCAUUGCUUGCGCUGUUGUGAAACAAUGGUUGGAAGGAGUCAAGGUUCAUUUGUACUCUGGAAAGCAAUGCCCCUGGCCUGACACAGAGAAAGAGCAGAUCUAUAAGAAUCUUUACCAGCUCUUCUGCUCUGUGCUGAGCAACUGGCAGGACUGCAAGGAGGAAAAGGACAAACAGGCUGUCCUCGGGGCUGUGGCUUCCAUGUUGACUGUCCUCCUGCAAGAGGAGCUGCAGCAAAAGCACGUCUGGGAGCACGUCCUCUGGCUUGUGCACCAGUAUCAAGACGUUCAAGACACCUGCAUGGUGACCAAGAGCCUCAGUAUCUUCCUGGAGGCCUUAGAGGGAGUUCAAUCGGUCAUCCCCAAGGACAAGUUUCUGGCCAUCACCAGAGCUGUGUUCUACCAGCUCUCUGAUGACACCAAACAGCACAGCGAGGCUGACAGAGCAGAACUGACCCACUGCAUCAUGCUGCAGGCCCGAUUCUGCCCAGAGGAAAUGGUCCUGUUUCUGCAGUCGCAGCUGGGCGGUGAGAGGGAGGCUGGAUGCGUGGCAGCCCUGGGUCUCCUCGGUGCUCUGGCUCGCUCUGAUGAGCCCGCAAUCACAGAGAAGCUGCCCCAGAUUGUGGAGGCUAUGCAGUGUGUGUGCAGUGACCCCAGGACCCAGGUGAGGAAGGCCAUUCUGCAUUUCAUCAAGGAUCUGCUCAGUUCUAACACCUGGAGCUGCUCAGCCUGGGAUGUGGUGGGGCACAUCUUCAGUGAGUUCAGCCGCACCACAGGAAGAAGGGCAGCUGGAGAUGUUUCUGCCCAGGAAGCCCAGGAAGAAGGCGCUCUCCAAGAGCUGUGUAUGGACAUCCUGGAGUCACUGGAUGUCUCCAUGAGAGGGAUGACCAAACUCCUGUGGCCACGGCUGCUGCUGUACGUGGUGCCAGCCCAGUACACCGGCAUGCUUAUCCCAGUCUCCCGCUGCGUCCAAGCCUUGGCUGAGAGAGGGGACCUGACAGUGCAGGAGAUAGAAGAACUGGAUCCCCAUUUCCUCAGCUCCAUGUUUCAAGGCCCACUGCUGACUCCCCAGAUACUCCUGGCACGUCUGCUGGUGGUGGCAGGGAGCCCUUUUGCAGGCAGUGAACUCCAAGCCGCUUUCCUGAGGGCAUCGCUGGACAUCGUGGAGGAUGAGGCCUGGACCAAGGCCCUGAGCUGUGAGCUGAGCCGGCAGCUGAGCAGCUGUCCCAGCAGCUCUGGAGAAAAGUCUUUCCUGUACAAGGCUCUGGGGACAAUUCUGGGAACUUGUAAAGAAGUCCUCCAUGUUCAAGAGAAGCUGCUGCAGCACCUGGAGGAGGCAAAUGCAGAGGAAGCAUCUGAGGCUCAGGGAAUGAUCUCUCUUCUCAGCCAUGCUGCUGAGAGCAACUUCCACACAGUCCUGGACACACUCACCAUGUUUGCGUCCAGGCUGUGCAAAGGCAGAUGUCUCAAGGCAUUUCUCCUCACACAGAUGGAGCUGAACAGCAAGAGAGCUCAUGCUACACGCAGCGCUCUCAUCCUCGCCCAUGGCAGCUUGGCACUGCAAGCCUCCAAGGAACAGCUGCUUGCCCGCCUGGAGGGAGACAUCGUGGGCAACAUCCUGCUGCUGUACAGCUGCAGCUGUCGGGACUUGCAGAACAAGCUUGCGCUGGUGCAGAGCAUCACUGACUGCAGCUCUGCCUUCCAUGCUGUGGGUGGCUCCGCCUGCUUUAACACCUCCUUGAAGGGCAAGCUGCUGGAGAUCCUGAUGGACUUAAUGAAGAAGUAUUAUUUGGGCACCCCUGUCUCCCCAGUGCCCCUCAAGGUGGUUCUGGCCCUGGAGCAGUUGAGCAAGUUGAAGCCCUCUUUAGGAAGCAAAGAUGCUUGUGAAAUGUUGGCUCUGUGCUGCAAGAACGUUGUGACACACCCUUCAGCGGAGAUGAUGCUGAAGAUCAGGGAGUCACAGCAAGCAGCACAGUACCUGAAGCUUCAGCAAACAUCGUUGAAAGCUCUGGGCCGGCUCAUGGUGGUCCUGCUUGAGACAGAGACCACCUGUAGAUUCUUCCAGAACAUAGUCCCUGUCCUGCAGAGAUCAGUGACCUCAAACAACGCGUGGGAGCGAAGGAGGGCCCUGCAGACCUGCUCCCAGCUGCUGGCUGCUUGUGAAGAACUCCAAAGAGGGGAUGUCUGCGAGUACUUUGGCUCCUUGGUGGGAUUGCUGGCUCCGCUGACGUGUGACCCCAUGCCUACAUCCCGCCAGUUUGCUGCCACCUGCCUGAGCUCCCUUCUCCGAAUCCAAGCCAAGGCGGCCAACAGAAUCAUCGAGACGGGAGACAUCGGGAGCCUGUGUAAGGGGCUGGAUGACUGCAACACCAUCUCUCAGCUCCAGACCUCAUCUCAACUGGCAAGGAUCGUGUGCAGAAACUUCCCCCUGGAACGCACCGCUGACUACCUGAUGGCCAUCAAGGAGACCUUGCGGAAAGGCAAAGGAAUGCGCGUGCGUGCAGCUGGGAAGUGGAUGAUCACCUUUCUGCAGAUGUAUAGGAAGGACAUCUGUUGGAACGUGCUACCAAUCCUCCACAUCCUGCGCAGCUGCACAUCGUCAACGCAGCAGAGCACGUUCAUGCCCUUCCUGUGCCAGGCGGUGGUCAUCCUCAUCCGCUGUCACAAAGAGGUUGUAAUUGACAACUUCUCCCGGCUGCUUGGGCCCACAGACAGCGAGAUGUGGAGGAGAAUAAGAGAGUUUUGUCUUCAACGGUGGAGCCGAUAGAAGAAGGGAAGGGAAGGGAAGAGAAGGAAAGAGAAGGGAAGGGAAGAGAAGAGAAGGGAAAAAGAGAAGGGAA